UCCACGUCCAAAGGCAGCGGCUUCCAAGGUGGAAGCUGGGUCCUGCUGCCAGGAAGCGGCCAGUGCGCCGGCGGUGGUGGACUCGGCCUCCACGUGCGCGCCUGCUCCGCCGGCCCGCCCUCUUCCCAGUGGCCGGGCCCGAGGACACCCUGCCCGGGGCCAGUGCCCCACAUCCUGCGGUGGCCGUGGCUGGGACGUCCAUGCACGGCCGCUCGCCGCCGGAUCACGCUCCAGCUCCUGAGACCCGAUCUGCCGGGAGCCGGGAGCCCAUGGAGGGUCUGGGCCGCUCCUGCCUGUGGCUGCGCCGGGAGCUGUCGCCCCCGCGGCCGCGGCUGCUGCUCCUGGACUGCCGCAGCCGGGAGCUGUACGAGUCGGCGCGCAUCGGCGGGGCGCUGAGCGUGGCCUUGCCCGCGCUGCUCCUGCGCCGCCUGCGGCGGGGGAGCCUGUCGGUUCGCUCGCUGCUGCCCGGGCCCCCGCUGCAGCCGCCCCCGCCCGCCCCAGUGCUCCUGUACGACCAGGGCGGGGGCCGGCACAGGCGCGGGGAGGCAGAGGCCGAAGCCGAGGAAUGGGAGGCCGAGUCAGUGCUGGGGACCCUGCUCCAGAAGCUGCGAGAAGAAGGCUACCUGGCGUACUACCUGCAGGGUGGCUUCAGCAGAUUCCAGGCCGAGUGCCCUCACCUGUGUGAGACCAGCCUCAACAGCCGUGGGGGCCCCAGCGCAGCCCCGGUGCCCAGCCCCGUGGUGGGGCUGGGUGGCCUGUGUCUGGGCUCCGACUGCUCCGAUGGGGAAUCUGAGCCCGACCGCGACUCCAUGAGCUGCGGCCUGGAUUCGGAGGGCGCCACGCCCCCCCCAGCAGGGCUGCUGCCGUCCUUCCCCGUCCAGAUCCUGCCCAACCUGUACCUGGGCAGUGCCCGGGAUUCAGCCAAUGUGGAGAGCUUGGCCAAGCUCGGCAUCCGCUACAUCCUCAACGUCACCCCCAACCUCCCGAACCUCUUCGAGAAGAACGGUGACUUUCACUACAAGCAGAUCCCCAUCUCGGACCACUGGAGCCAGAACCUGUCCCAGUUCUUUCCUGAGGCCAUCGCCUUCAUCGACGAGGCCUUGUCCCAGAACUGCGGGGUGCUUGUUCACUGCCUGGCGGGCGUCAGCCGCUCCGUCACCGUCACCGUGGCCUACCUCAUGCAGAAGCUCCACCUCUCACUCAACGACGCCUACGACCUGGUCAAGCGCAAGAAGUCCAACAUCUCGCCCAACUUCAACUUCAUGGGGCAGCUGCUGGACUUCGAGCGCAGCCUGCGGCUGGAGGAGCGGCGCGCCCGGGCGCGGGGCAGCGGGGGGCAGGAGUCGGCGGCGUCCGACCCGCCCUCCUUCUUCACCACCCCUACCAGCGACGGCGUCUUCGAGCUGGACGCCACCUAGGGCGCCGCCCCCCCCCCGGGCCGCCCCCCACCCCAGCGGGGGCUCCGAGCCACCCGCGCGCUGGGGAGGGGGCAGGAGGGGGCGCUGCCUGGGGGGGUGGGGGUGGGGGGAGCGCAAUACCUCAUGGGGGGGCCGUGGGACGAGGCAGGAGCGGGAGCCCCUCAAGGCUGGUCGUGGGGAGAGAAACACCCUAUUAAACGUGCCUAUGCGCCGGGCCUGGGGCCGCCGGCCCGACCCGCGCCGCUUUUGGGCGGAACCCCGCUCCGGAA